CGCGCAUGUAUCUCUACUGUGUACAACCCCCUAGAUCCACCGGGCAGGUUCCUUCGAUCGGUCGCCGCCCGCGUAGACGUUUUCGGUGCCAACCAUGUCGCUUCCAGAGGGAGAUAUUGAUAGGGUGUCUUUGCGAAGCUGGGCUAUGCAGUCAGAAAGGCUCACACGUAAUAUCCAUCAGGUGAGGGCGUUUUAUCGUACGAGAGCUCGAUUCUGCUUCAUAUAUCGUGGUAUUCCAGACCACUAGCUACGAGAAGACCGUUAGCUAUUUUGUCCAACCACCAUGGCAAAGCCGACAAUCGCAAUCAUCCUCGGCGCAGCUGCCACAACUGAGCACUACGCCUCCCUCUGCUCCGCCUUAGAAGCCAAAGGCUACCCCACCGCCUGCGGCGAUCCGCCCAGCAUUACAGUUGAGGAUGCAACGAUCGUCACUAUCCAAGACGACGUCGAUUUCGUGCGCAGUAAGGUCCUCGCCCCGCUCCUGGCUGAAGGGAAGGACGUAGUAGUCGUCGCGCAUUCGUAUGGUGGCGGCUACGGUGCCGCAGCGCUCGAGGGCCUGAGCAAAAGAGAGAGGACUAAGAAGGGCGAGGAGGGUGGAGUGGUCGGCGUCAUUUAUCUUGCGGCGUUUUGUAUUGAUCCGGGGGAGUCGACCCUGCAGGCACUGGAGAUGGAUCCUAGCAACCCGAAGCCUGGAAUUGCUCCCGGGGAUAAGCCGGGCACACUCACGUUCACUGAUGCCAAACCACUCUGGCCAAGUCUGCCGGACGACGAGGCUGCGAUGUGGCUGAAGAAACUGAGGCCAUGCGCGGUGUCAGCAAUCGCAGGGCCGAUACCUUAUGCGCCGUAUAAGGAUCCGUACUAUACGGACUCUCUCGCCUUUGUGAGCCUCGAGGACGAUGUUAUCCUGACGAAGGAUCUGAAUGAGAAGUACUUGGAGAAGAGCGGCAUUACGCUGACUAGGAGUAUUCCCGGUGGGCAUGGGAUUAAUUUUGAGUCGCGGGAUCGGGUUGUGCAUGUUGUUCUGGAGCUCAUUGGGAUCUUCUUGAAGAAUUAACCGGAGAUUUGUGGGUUUCUUUCAGCGUCCUGGAAAGGUGAUGCUACAUCGUCCCCGGAGGAGAAAUUUUUCCUUUCUCUACCCUCUGGCUAUAUCUAAGCAGUGUCUGCAGAUGCCGGAGAGAGCGAACGAGCGAAGUGGAGCUUGUGGGAUGGCGACUUCAGUACAACGCUGUCGGUUUCGAGCUAGCCAUACCUCAUAAACCCUACUAACUCGCCGAGAUCGACUAGCCAAAAUGUGAG